AUGUCUCACAAAUCUAAAAGUAACAGACAAAAAACUCAAGGUAGAUUCACCAAUAAUCCUAAACAGUAUAUGCAAUUUUUAAACUGGGAUAAGUACAUGCAAAGAAAAGACAAAGAUCACAUUACUAUCAUAAAUAAGAAUACGCAAGAUGUGAAAGCGAUUUUUGAUUAUGUAGAGCUUCUUUUCCGAGAUGGCGAACUUGGUGGGGAUGUAAUAGUCGAUAAUGAUGAUGUUGAUGCUUGUGAUAGGUCAGACUCUGGUCGACCAGUUUCUAGAUAUGCAAACUCAAUAGGCUUAUUUUUUAUUCGUAUAACAACUCUAAAAUCAGGUCUUCGUGCAUGCUUAAAUGAUCCUUUCCGUUCUGCACUAGCUAAACUUGCUUCAUUGCCCCUUUUUUUAAAAGCGUAUUAUUAA